AUGGGUAGCGCUUACCACUGGGAGGCUCGGCGUCGGCAGAUGGCAUUGGAACGGAGGAAGGGGCUGAUGGCCCAGCAGCAAGAGCAGGAAGCAAAAAAACAGGAAGAGAAGAAACAGCGUUUUGAGAAAACAUCUCAGCCACAUCAGGAUUCAAAAGGACCCCAUCAAGAUUCAAAAGGACCCCAUCAGGAUUCGAAAGGACCCCCACCUGCGCAGCCACAGCAGCAGCGAGCACAGCCACAAGAGAAGGCACAAGCACAGCCACAGCCACCUGGGCCAAAGUCACAAAAGGAGCAAGAACCUCCUACACAGAGCACCUUCAAGGACGGUCUCCAGAAGGACACCCACAAGCAAGGACCCCAGACUAAGCCAGCGGGAGCUCAACAAGAUGGCCAGCAAUCCUGUAGAGUGUGUGAUAAACCUCCUAUCCUUCCAGGCCGUGGUCCCACGAAUGCUUGCCAGUCUAGCUCUUCUAAAUAUUCCCGACUCACGUCAACUAAUUACAUCCAGCAGUGGUGAUCCAGAGAUGGACUCCAAGACCUGAUG